UUUACCUCGCUGAGAAAUACGAUUGUGACGAGCUAAAACGCAACAGUAGGAAAUUCAUCCACGAAAAUUUCGCCUCCGUAGGAGAAAUGGAUGAAUUUCUGAGCUUGGAGGCUAAGGAGGUGGCGAGGUGGAUUUCAAGUGACGAGAUUGCUGUGGAAGCGGAGGCCAGCAUCUUCAAGAUCAUACUUAAAUGGGUUGAACACAGCAAGAGGGAGCGUAUGACAGCAUUUGAAGAAUUGUUUCAUCACGUUCGACUGAGUGUUCUGUCGCGUGACUGUUUGAAGGAGGUCGUUACAAACGAACUGGUGCGUGAGAAUUUUGCUUCUGUGAAGCUGGUCAUGAAUGCCCUUAUAAACAUGGUUACUACUGCCGAUGACGAUGAUCUCCCGAAGUCACCCAGAAAGGGAUAUGAUACCCGAGUUAUUGUUGCUCGUGGUGGCAAGUCCACUUUUUGUUAUCUACCUGAAGAGGACCUGUGGAAGCGCUUACCAUAUGGUCUGAGGGACAUAAACGCUAGUUCAACUCAGAUGAUAAAAUUCCGUGAUCAGUUGUUUGCCUUUUCCGAUUAUCAAAAUUCAGAGAGAUACGAUCCUGUUUUUAACGCUUGGUCUGAGCUAAACUUGAGUGCAGGUUCUGCAAAGGUGACCGUUCUUAAAGGAGAAAUUUAUGCUGUUGAAGUUGACAGCUUUCUCAUGAAAACUGCUACGAAGAGGUACAAUAAAGAGCAGUAUACAUGGGAGACACUUCACGUAUCUCAUGGACAGUGUAGAGAUGAUGCUUGUGUUGUUGCAGCCGGCAGCCAUCUGUACAUGUUUGGUGGGAAGGUUACAGGAGAUUACUCUGCCAAAGCUGAGAGAUUCGACAUCGUGGAGAAAAAGUGGGAGGAAAUCGCAGACAUGCGAGAAGGAAAAAGCGAAGCUUUUGGAGUGGCCUCUCAAGAAAAAAUCUUCGUUGCUGGAGGAACAGGCAGGAGAGGGAGAUCACGAACUUGUGAGAUGUACACUACGUCCAGAAAUGAGUGGCAAUGUAUUGCAGACUUGAAUGUUCCUCGUUCUAACGGUAGUAUGGUUUGUCUGAAUGGAAAGCUGUACGUACUGGGUGGAAAAAAUGGGAGAAACGAAACAGAACUGAGUGUUGAAUAUUUUCACACGGCAAACGAAAAAUGGAUCCACAAAACAACCAUGCCAGUAACGAACAUCGACCCAGGAAAUAAAAAUGCAUUCACUGCCUCUGUUUUGAAGCUCUCCAGAAAAUUACAAGACAAACUAGAGAUUGUUGGGGAGUAGUUUCUCCGACAAGUUAGAUCUUUGUAUUUAGCUAUGAUAUUUGUGGCAGACAGCAGGAAUAGGUAUCCGUUUUUUAUUGCCUUAAUUUAGUAGGUCGCUCACCUAAAAAGGCUGAGCUAAGUGAGGGGUCAAUUUUGACCAGUUACCGUUUGCUGUAAACCUUACACUUUAAACUCUCUUAUUUAAGACGGCAAUUUGUGUAGUCAUGUUUACAGCACCCGACUUCUAAAUCAUAAUUAUGUAUGCUUGACUGCUUCGCAACUUUCACACUGACUGCCUCAGUAGUCA